AUGAAUUUCAAACUGUUUUUAUUUGAGCUUUUUAUUGUACUAGUAACAAAAUCACCAGUUUAUGAAGCAGUGAUAUGUGGUGGUGGUGUUGUUCGCCCUGGUAAUGCUUGCUGUGGCAAUGUAGGCUACUACUCAGGUACCAAUACUUGUUGUGGCGGUGUUGUUCGCCCUGGUAAUGCUUGCUGUGGCAAUGCUACUACUCAGGUACCAAUACCUGUUGUGGUGGUGUCGUUCGAGUUGGUGGUAAAUGUUAAGAAAGUUAUGCCAGUAUAUCAAACAUGCAAACAAUAA